CCGGGCUGGGAUAGUCGAAGCAAGCAGCCGCUUUUGCGCCCUGCAAAAAUACCAAGCGCUUUGCGCCUUGCGCCUUGCAAAAUGCGCCCUCGUGGAGGGGGCGAGAAAUGUCGGGGCGCAGAAUGAUGGGGCGCUGCCGCCAUCGCUCUGCAACCCUGCCGAGGAGGAGAACCUCAGGGGCAAGCAGGGGUCUCAGCUCUGCCCUUGGGAGGAAAAGGGUCGAAGGCUGGGGAAAAUCUCGGGACCCCUUCUGCGUCCGCGGAGCCGGUUCUUGAGCGCAAAGCUGGAAGGACCGCUUUAUAAUAAUGCCUUGGGAAGACCACACUUUAGAACGCUGGAUUCAGUUUUUAUUCACCAGAUUAUAAAAAAAAGAUGUUAGAAUAGAGUAGAAUAGAAUUUUUUAUUGGCCAAGGGUGAUUGGACACACAAGGAAUUUGUCUUGGUGCAUAUGCUCUCAGUGUACAUAAAAGAAAAGAUACCUUCAUCAAGAAUCAUUAGGUACAACGCUUAAUAGAAUAGAAUAGAAUUAGGAAUAGAAUAGAAUUAGAAUUAGAAUUAGAAUAGAAUAGAAUAGAUUUUUUUUAUUGGCCAAGCGUGAUUGGACACACAAGGAAUUUGUCUUGGUGCAUAUGCUCUCAGUGUACAUAAAAGAAAAGAUACGGUCAUCAAGAAUCAUAAGGUACAAUACUUAAUGAUAGUCAUAGGGUACAAAUAAGCAAUCCGGAAACAAUAUCAAUAUAAAUCAUAAGGAUUCAAGCAAUAAAGUUACAGUCAUACAAUAAGUGGAAGGAGAUGGGUGAUGGGAACGAUGAGAAGAUUAAUAGUGAUGCAGACUUAGUAACUAGUUUGAUAGUGUUGACGAAUUUAUUUGUUUAGCAGAGAUGGCGGGGAAGAAACUUUUCUUGUGUCUAGUUGUUCUGGUGUGCAGUGCUCUAGCAUCGUUUUGAGACUCUAUAAAUAGUGCAGAGAAGAGCAACAAAGAUGAUGAGGGGAUUGGAGGCUAAAAUAUGAAGAAGGGUUGCAGGAACUGGAUGAAAAGAAGGACUAGGGGAGACAUGAUAGCAGUGUUCCAAUAUCGCAGGGGCUGCCCCAAAGAAGAGGGAGUCAAGCUAUUCUCCAAAGCACCUGAAGGCUGGAUAAGAAGCAAACUAAUCAAGGAGAGAAGCAACCUAGAAUUAAGAAGAAACUUCUUAACAGAACAAUGAACCAGCUUCACCCCUCCCCCACCCCCCACCCCCGUAAAUUGUGGGUACUCCAUCACUGGAGGCUUUUAAGAAGAGACUGGGCAGCUAUUUUUCCUUCUUGAGCAGGGGGUUGGACUAGAAGACCUCCAAGGUCCCUUCCAACUUUGUUACUCUAUGCCCACCUUGCUUGGCCACUGUGAUUUGCUGCAUUUAAAUUGGCUAAAUCAAAUCCUAGCUUGAUUUAUAACCCUGCCAAAUGUGGUUUGCCGUCUUGGCUUAGUGGCUUAGUGAAGUCCUCCAAUGAAGGCUUAUUCAGCAAAGCUUAAAACAAAUCUGGUUUAUGGACACAAGUAAAUCUUGCCGCAAAUCUCUGUUUAUUAGUGGGCCCCAUGAAAACGUUGCUUUUGUAAUUUACGAAACUAGUUGAGGGGCCAAUUUUCGCAAGAGAAUAUUGCCAGCAACAGAUGGCAAGUAGCUAUGACAUUCUUUUUUUCUCCCCAUGAAGAAUUUUCUUGAAUUUGCUGAAAAUAAGUCCAUAUUUUUUGGGUGAUGACAGUGGUAGGGAGGUUGUAGAAAUAAAACCCUAAAAAAGGUUGAAUUCUAGGAUCCUGGUGGUUUUUGGUAGAGAUGGCCUUGUCAUGUUCUCUGAACAAAUACAUAUUUGGUAACAAUUGAAGGCCUGUGUCCUUUUAAUGUUUAUUAAUGUUUAUUAUGUUGUGAGGAAUGUUGUUUAGCAAUGUAAAGUUUUCGUAGGGGCUGUGUUUUGGGGCUUAUUGUUGUUUUUUCUGCCUUCGGUCCAUCUGAAGUUUAAAGAUAGGGCAUUGUUUAUGCAAAACUUGAAACAAUUUUUACUCUUGAAAGCAAACUUUUAUCUGGUUUGUUUUUAUUUUCAGGAUGGUAAUAAUUCCUUUCCCCACUUUUGCCAUUUCCUCACUUAAUCGUAUUUUGAAAAUCUGUCAGUCUUGCACAAAUCAAAGCCUUUUCCUGCGUUCAAUAAUAGUGGAUUUAUUUAUUCUCGUUAGAAAAACAGGGUAUUAAAGCAACCUUAUAAUUAACUGAGAGGCAUAGAAGUUACAUACAGCUAAGCUACGACUUACAUCUAAAACUGAGCCCAAAAUUUCUGUUGCUAAAUGAGACAUAAGUCAGUUUCGCCCCAUUUUAUGACCUUUCUUGCCACAAUUGUUAAAUGAAUCAGGGCGGUUGUUAGUAACACCAUUGUAAAGGGAAUCUGGCUUCCAUGUUGAUUUUGCUUGUCAGAAGGUCGCAAAAGGUGAUCCCAUGAGCUUGGGACACUGCGACCGUCACAAGUGUGAGAAAUGGUCAUAAAUCACUUCCUUCAGUGGCGUUGUAAGUUCAAACGGUCACUAAAUGAACGGUUUUAAGUCUACUGGUCUCAUUCGAGACAAUGACGAAUCCGCAUAUAGACGAGAGGUCGAACGACUAGCCUUGUGGUGCAACCAAAACAAUCUGGAACUGAACACACUCAAAACCGUAGAAAUGGUGGUAGACUUUAGGAAAAACCCUUCCAUGCUUCCACCUCUCACAAUACUAGACAACACAGUAUCAACAGUAGAAACCUUCAAAUUUCUGGGUUCCAUCAUAUCGCAAGAUCUCAAAUGGACAGCUAACAUCAAAAACAUCAUCAAAAAAGGACAACAAAGGAUGUUCUUUCUGCGCCAACUCAGUAAGCUCAAACUGCCCAAGGAGCUGCUGAUCCAGUUCUACAGAGGAAUUAUUGAGUCUGUCAUUUGCACCUCUAUAACUGUCUGGUUCGGUUCUGCAACCCAACAAGAAAGACACAGACUUCAGAGGAUAAUUAGAACUGCAGAAAAAAUAAUUGCUACCAACCUGCCUUCCAUUGAGGACCUGUAUACUGCACGAAUCAAGAAGAGGGCCGUGAAAAUAUUUACAGACUCCUCGCAUCCUGGACAUAAACUGUUUCAACUCCUACCCUCAAAACGACGCUAUAGAGCACUGCACACCAGAACAACUAGACCCAAGAACAGUUUCCCCCCGAAUGCCAUCACUCUGCUGAACAAAUAAGUCCCUCAACACUGUCGAACUAUUCACUAAGUCUCCAUUACUCUUACUAUUAAUCUUCUCAUCGUUCCUAUCACCCAUCUCCUCCCACUUAUGACUGCAUGACUGUAACUUGUUGCCGUAUCCUUACUAUUUAUAUUGAUUGUUUUCUAGUAUGAUUUGAUUCCUUAUUUGUACACUAUGACUAUCAUUAAGUGUUGCAUCUUAUGAUUCUUGACAAAUGUAUCUUGUCUAUUUAUGUACACUGAGAGCAUAGGCACCAAAGACAAAUUCCUUGUGUGUCUAAUCACACUUGGCCAAUAAAGAAUUCUAUUCUAAAAAUAAAAAUAAAAAUUGGAUUUUGUAAUAACCUACGGUCAGUUCUUAAAAGAAAUUUACCUUACCGGGGAGACCAUAGAAAGGCCUAUGUGAUAAUUUACAGCCACUUUGUUUUUCCUUGUGGGGCGUCACUUCAAAGCCACUUGGCUUUGGUUUGCUUGUUUUUGUGGUGUUUGGGGGAAAAAUACAUUCUUUGAGCUGUAGGAUAUUUUUGUCUUUCCCUUCAUUCAGCCUGUGCUAUCUCUGUGACGAUGAAAUCCAAGCCUGUGGUUUUUGACCAGUCAACAUUUCAUUUCGGGACAAUGAAGGACCAGCUGUAGUAGUUAUCUUGGUGUGGUCGCUUUUGAUAUCACCAUGAUUUUGACUCAAAUUAAGUCAUUUCGGGGAUGAUACAACCACACUGGCUGGGUUUGAACAAUGUGAUAGUCUUUUUCUGGUGGACGUUAAAGAUGAAAACCUGGACAAUUUGGAAACGGGGCUUUGCAACAACCGGGCGAAACUUAUGGAGGAAGCCUUAGCUGCUGCUGAAGAUCUCGCUGUUCCAGGCCACAAGAACAUUAAAGUGGAGGCUUCGUCAAUGAACUUCCUUCCUCUGUACAGAGAUGACAGUGAAUGCUGCCUCCUAGUACUCACUGAUCCCCAAGAUAAGAACACAGUAUUAGCAAUUUAUUUCAACAAUUCCUGGCGGCUUCCUGAAGAUCUAAUCAAGACGUCUGACCCUUUGAGGGAAGGACUCAAACAGGUUCAAACCUUUCAAGAGAGAAUCGUUCUCUUCGUCCUUAACUGUAUCAUUUUUGGCACGUUGGAGAGGAGCUUGACUGACGAUACUGUAGUCUUUGUGCCUCAUCCUAAGAAGGAAGAUGCCAGAAUAUUCUGGAAGAGUGGAGAAGCAGCGGCUUUUUAUACCGUCAAAAGAAAAGGAAAUUUGUGUGGUGGACACACCAGCCAAUGUUACAUGCUCCCUGUUUUGGACACCAUGUUCGUCCGAAAGAAGUUUAGAAGACAUGGACUUGGGAUGAAGAUGCUUCAGGACUUUUGUCAGUCCUUCCCCUCGGAGGAGGCCUUGGGACUCAGCUGUCCUCUUUCGGCUGAAAUGGAGAAAGUUUGUCAAAAGUUCUUGGAGACUUACCCAAAACAGCAGCCUCGGCUGUGGGAAGUGGAAGCACCCGGGGACUGGACCCAGCGCGUUAACAUCUGGCUAAAAAUCCAGCUUGGACCAAAUGCGGACCGAAGUUCUCCCAUGCCAAAGGGUCAAGAUGGUGAAGCUGAGGAUGGACGGAUAAAUACAAGUCCUGGCUGUAUCCCACAUCUUGGAGCACCGCCAGACCAACCCACGGCACAUCUGGGUGACCGUAGAGGGGUCCCAGGCCUUCCUUCUCAGAGCGAUGAACUUCAAGUUCAGUUGAAAGCUGAAGAAGCAAAAAAAUUGAAGAAAAGAACGAGCAGAGAAGAACCAGCUGAAGACAGUGUCGCGAAGCACUUGAGGACAAUGUCCUAAUUUCUGUAAACGGCAGAAGUAAGAGAAAACACGCAAAAUCUGAGGAUCAGGUAGCAAGUUAGGAAAUCUCUAGUGAAUAUUUCUUCAUCGAUUGAAAUAUUUAGGUGACUCUGUCCAGUGUUUUUCCACUUUGGCAAUUUGAAGAGAUGUGGAGUUCAACUCCCAGAGUUCCCCAGUGAUUGAGUGUCACAGCAGCAAGGCGUAGAAAAAUGUAGAGCA